AUGUCAAGUAAUAACAAUUCAACUAUAAUAAGACCAAAAUACCCAAAUCUUCAUGGAUAUGAUCCUUCAGUAGGGUUGGCAACAGCAGGUGUAGUUGGUUUUGCUGUUGUAUCUAUAAUAUUAUUAGCAUUAUCUAUAAGAUUUAAAAAGUUUUGGUUUUUUGUUGCUCCUGUUGCUGGUGCUGUAAUGGCAAUUGGAUAUGGAACAAGAAUAAUAAGUGGAAAUGAUGUACAUAAUCUAGGAAAAUAUAUUACAACAACCCUUUUAAUUUUAUUGCCACCUACAGCCUUGGCAGCCGUAUUUUUAUUUGCACAACUUGGUAAAGUAAUGAAAAAGACUGGUAUUACACAUCCAAUCUUUAGACCAAAAGUUGUAAAAUAUUUAUUUUUAAUUGUUGAUAUUUGUUCAAUUUUCAUUCAAUCUGCUGGAGGAGCAUUAUUAGCACAAUCAGCAGAUAAUAUAAAUUUACAAACACCAGCCAAAGCAGUAAUGUUGACUGGUCUAACCAUUGCCCUUACAUCAUUUACACUAUUUUUCUUUUUAAUUGUUUAUCUUCACAUCAAAGUACUUAGAGAAAAGUCUGACGAGGCUGACAAAAAAUGGAGAGUCAUCUUUAUUGCCCUCUAUAUCAGUGGUCUUUUAAUUAUCCUUAGAAGUAUAUAUCGUGUUGCAGAGUAUGCAGGUGGUUAUCAUAGUGCUAUAAUGUUAAAUGAAGGCUUAUUCUUUGGUUUGGAUGCUUUACCAAUGUUUUUAUUAAUGUGUGUAUGGAUUCCAUUCCAUCCAGGAUAUGUUAGUCUCAGUAACAAGGAUAGUAAAAAGAAAUCAACCACUACCGAUGAAACAAGAGGAGGUGUUGAAAUGGAAUAG